AUGCAGGGAUUGAGAUGGUUCUCCAGUCGCGAGACGCCAGUCCUUCUGCUGCUUGAUGAUGUUCUUGCAGCGGAAGUGUCGUCGAUAAGUGUCCCGGAGCAGCAGGCGCUUGCUGCUGAGAGGCGGAAAGCUUCGGAGGCCAAAUUCGCAGCCUGGCAAAAAAGGGCGCCGGUGCUGGCGCAGAAGUUCAAUCGGCAGCUGCUUCCGCAGCACCGCCGGCAACUUCCGUCGGCAUCUUCGCUGGCACAGGAGGUCCCCACCCUAAAGCCGGUGGUGCCAGAGCCGACUCUGCCGAAGGUGGCGGAGGAGCAGUGGCAGAAAGACUAUGAGGCCUUCAUGGCACUGCAGAAGGCGCAGGGCCACCCAGGUGAGGCAAGCCAUGGCGGCCACGCCGCAUCGCUCCUGACCCUGUCCGGGAGUCAGGCGGGACUCGAGGCCAAGGUGGCCCAGGUUCUCGAGGAGACGCGGCGUGAGGAAGAGCUCCACAGCGCGGGCUAUGCGGCAAGGCUCCGCCAGGCUCAGUGGCUGAAGCUUCGCAAAGCGAAGGAGGAGCGAGCCGACCGACACUUGGCCAAGCUGCAGGCCUUCAAGAAGCAGGAAGACGCUGAAGUUGCCCUGCUUCGGGUGGAAGGCAUCGGGCCUAGCACGAUACAGUUUUUGCGCUAA